AUGGGAACAUCGAGGUGUGAGCAGAUGGUGAUGGGCUGGACUCCAGGCACUCAUGUUAAUCUUUCCUUCCAGCUCAACUCACUCCUAAAGAACACUCGAUUCCACACCAAGGCUGGUGACCAGAUCGAUUUGGAUGACCACAACAGGGUGACGAGUAGAUUUGAAAUCUUGAACUAUCACAUCUUUCAGAAUGGCACCAGAGCCCAUGUCAAAGCGGGAGAAUCUAUCCCCCUGGCUUCAGCUGGAAAAGAUUUCAAAAUCAGUGAAGAGCAGAUAACAUGGGACCAGCUAUUUUCUCAGAUCCCUUGCUCCUUGUGCUGUGAGAGCUGUGGGCCAGGAUUCAGGAAAACAGCUCGGGAAGGAAAAGCUGCCUGCUGCUUUGACUGUGUCCCCUAUUCCAAAGGAGAGAUCACCAAUCAGACAGAUAUGGAUCAGUAUCCAAAUUAUCGAAGAGAUCAGUGUAACCCGAAAAUAAUGACCUUCCUGUCCUAUGAGGAACCUUUGGGAAUGGCUCUGGUGUUCAUAACUCUUGGUUUAUCACUCCUCACUGCUCUCGUUUUGAGGAUAUUUAUACCCCACCGGGACACGCCCAUAGUGAAAGCUAAUAACUGCACUCUCAGCUACCUCCUCCUCACAGCCCUGUUGCUGUGCUUCCUGUCCUCCUUGACCUUCAUUGGCUAUCCUGGCUUGGUGACCUGUGCCUUGCGACAAAUAGUCUUUGGUAUUGUCUUUUCUGUGGCUAUUUCCUCCGUGUUGGCAAAGACCAUAACUGUGGUCUUGGCCUUCAGGGCCACCAAGCCAGGAAGCAGAAUGAGGACUUGGUUGGGCACCAGGAUAUCCACUUCCAUCGUCCUCAUCUGCUUCCUCGUUCAAGUGGGCAUCUGCGUGAUCUGGCUGGGAACUUCCCCACCGUUCCCCGACGUGGACAUGGCAUCAGAGACUGGUCUCAUCAUUGUCCAGUACAACGAGGGCUCCACAAUUGCCUUUUACUGCGUCCUCGGCUACAUGGGGUUCCUGGCACUAGUCAGUUUCAUUGUUGCCUUCCUGGCCAGGAGGCUACCCGACAGUUUCAACGAGGCCAGGUUCAUCACGUUCAGCAUGUUGGUGUUCUGCAGUGUCUGGGUCUCCUUCCUGCCCACGUACCUGAGCACUAAGGGCAAGGGCAUAGUUAUAGUUGAGAUCGUCUCCAUCCUGGCUUCCAGUGCUGGGCUCCUGGGCUGCAUCUUUGGGCCCAAGGUCUACGUCAUCCUACUGAGGCCGGACAGAAACACCAAAGGACAGUUACUGGAGCGAUGGGGGAAUACUGAAACAGGACACCAUGCUGCCUCCCAGGGAAUUGACACUAGCUCCACUCUGCACCACUGCGAGACCCCAGAAUGCCAUCCUGCUUUCAACCGCCAUGGCAAGAAAAGAAUACAACAUGGGUCUCCUAAAAACCUCGGGAGAAUUAAUGACCUAAGUAGCCAUCCUUGUGGCUUCGAGUUUGCUGUGGACUCAUGUUUGUUUCAAGUCCUCUUCCUCACCUUUAUUCAUAAAUUAUGA